CUGCCCUGGCUCAUACAGGUGGCACAUGCAGAGGCCAAGCUCUAGUGUAAGGCAGGGCAAACCACCUUGUAGAGUUUGCUAGCGAUUCGCCCACCCUGCCAGACCCGGUGAGGGAAGCAUCAGCCAUGCCGUUAAACCAAAACCCCCUGAGAAAACGCUGGGGCUGCAGAGGGGCCUUUUGACCAACGUGGCUCCAGGCUGGGGAAAGGCCGGGGCUCGCGGACCUUCCUAGCGGGCUUUCCUGGGACAGAGGGGCCACAAGACCCUUUUCUGUGAGCCCGCAGAAGCUUUUGCAGUGCCCAGCUGCAGGGCUGGGGUCUGCAGGGUCAGGGCUCCUGCUGAGCUUGCUCUGUGAAGGCAGCUGAAGGAUCACAGAGUGGGGGGCGACGCCCCCGUCUGCUGCCAGCAGGAAGCCACGAGCUAUGCACAGGACGGAGAUGUGGGGACUCCACCUGAGGACGGGCUUUUCCUUCACAACUGCUUGGUGGGCUGCUGGUCACAGGCAGAAGGCCACUCCACAGUAGGGGUCCUGGCUCCGAAGAGCUAUGGUGAGAAGCCACUGAAUCCACGAGGAUGGGUCUGCUCAGCAGCAAGAGGCAGGUCACUGAGAAGGGCAAGGGCUGGAGCCCCUUGAAGAUUGGCACCCAGAGCAAAGACCCCCCACCACUGCCACCCCUGGUGGUCUUCAAUCACCUCACCCCUCCACCACCCGAGGAGCACCCAGACCGUGAGGAGCAUUUUGUGGUGGCCCUGUAUGACUAUGCCGCUGUGAAUGACCGGGACUUGCAGAUGCUGAAGGGCGAGAAGCUGCAGGUCUUGAAGGAAACUGGAGACUGGUGGUUGGCCAAGUCACUCGUCACAGGGAGAGAAGGCUAUGUGCCCAGCAACUUUGUGGCCCCCCUGGAGACCCUGGAAGUGGAAAACUGUGCCUUAUUCCUCCUUUGUGUCUGUUGGCCUCCAGGUGCCUUUUCCCUGUCUGUGAAGGAUGUCACCACCCAGGGGGAGAUGGUCAAGCACUAUAAGAUCCGCUCUCUGGAUGAAGGGGGCUACUACAUCUCCCCCAGGACCACCUUCCCCUCCCUCCAGGCCCUGGUGCAGCACUAUUCUAAGAAAGGGGAUGGCUUAUGCCAGAGGCUGACCCUGCCCUGUGUGAGCUUGGCAUCGCAGAACCCCUGGGUCCAGGACGAAUGGGAAAUCCCGCGGCAGUCCCUCAAGCUGGUCCGGAAACUCGGGUCUGGGCAGUUUGGUGAAGUGUGGAUGGGUUAUUACAAAAACAACUUGAAGGUGGCCAUCAAGACCUUGAAGGAGGGAGCCAUGUCUCCAGAAGCCUUCCUGGCUGAGGCCAACCUGAUGAAAGCCCUGCAGCACGAGAGGCUGGUCCGUCUGUAUGCCGUGGUCACCAAGGAGCCCAUCUUCAUCGUCACCGAGUACAUGGCCAGAGGAUGCCUACUGGACUUCUUAAAGUCAGAUGAAGGCAGCAGGUUGUCCCUCCCACGACUGAUCGACAUGUCAGCCCAGAUCGCGGAAGGGAUGGCGUACAUCGAGCACAUGAAUUCCAUCCACCGAGACCUGAGGGCGGCCAACAUACUGGUGUCUGAGACCUUGUGCUGCAAAAUCGCGGACUUCGGCUUGGCCCGGAUCAUUGACAGUGAAUACACUGUCCAAGAGGGAGCCAAGUUCCCCAUCAAGUGGACCGCCCCGGAAGCCAUCCACUUUGGGGUGUUCACCAUCAAAGCAGACGUGUGGUCAUUCGGGGUCCUCCUGAUGGAGAUCGUCACCUAUGGGCGAGUGCCAUACCCAGGCAUGAGCAAUCCCGAGGUCAUCCGCAGUCUGGAUCGAGGCUACCGCAUGCCAAGGCCGGACACGUGCCCACCGGAGCUGUACCGCCAGGUCAUUGCUGAGUGCUGGCGAAGUCGGCCCGAGGAGCGGCCCACCUUUGAGUUCCUGCAGUCGGUGCUUGAGGACUUCUACACGGCCACCGAGGGCCAGUAUGAGCUGCAGCCCUAGGCGACUGCUGACUCAAGGGACUCCCUGCGCCAAGCCUAGGGACUGAGGUUGACCUUGACAUUUACUCUCAGCACUCCAUCCAACCCAGACAAGCCGCUAAAGCAGGGGGGCGGGAGGGGGGGAUGGCAUUCCAUUUCUCAGAUGGGGAAACCAGGAGGUGAGGUGGCUUGGCAGGUGGCUAGUGGCGGGGCUCUGGAGCUGGAGCCAAAUAGAAGCCACUUUUCACUAGCUGUGUGCCCUUGGACAAGUUACCUAGCCUCUCUGUGUAUUCCAUUCCUUGUUUGUAAAAUGGGGGUAGACCAUUUUUGUUUGUGGUCAAGUCCAGUAAAGGGUUCAGAGUGCCUGACA